AUGGCAGCUCGACAAUCAACACCAACAUCAGACUCGCAUUCGGAUAGCAAUGUCCGUAAAAGAGUAUGCAAAGCAUGCGAUCGAUGUCGUUUGAAGAAAUCCAAAUGUGAUGGAUCUAGUCCUUGUUCUCGUUGUCGUGCAGAUAAUGCCAUUUGUGUCUUUGGAGAGCGCAAAAAGGCACAUGAUAAAGUGUACCCGAAGGGAUACGUUGAGAUGCUUGAACAGCAACAAUCCUGGUUGGUCCAUGGCCUUCAGGAACUAUACCGACGCAAUAUCGAAGGCGAAGGUUGGCCUGGCGAGCAGUUGAAACCGGAACCAAACGGUCACCCACUCACUCACGACCUACUCAUGCGUCUUGGCGCCCUCGACGGCUCCAAGGGCGAGCGCUUCGAAGAAAAUCCCGAAGCUCUACAGCAGGAUCUAUGGCACACCAACGCCGGCAUGCAACGUCAAGAAUCCUCCGAUGGUGGCUCCGAUAGCCCCCAGUCACCAGUCCCUCGCUCGCGCUUCUCAUCCGAUGCUUUCUCCCAACAGCACAUGCCGCCCACCCCACCAACGUAUAGUCCCUCGACACGUGCUCCCAUCAAGACCGAGCCUCAUCCUCAGAUGCCCAACACCCCGCAAUUCGCCCAACCCAUGUCCAUGCAGGGUGUGGUUAACCCUUUGGCUUUGCAGGGUCCGCAACAGUGGCCUAGUAAUGGGUUCAAUCCUUUCGAUGAGAUGGAUUUGAUGUCUACGGCCGAUUACACCAAUAUGCCCUUUGAUGACCAACUAUCAUCGCCUAUGUUCAAUCGUCAGGUGCCUAUGAACUGCUUAUCUCAAGGACCAUAUCUGGAUUCCAAGAACGACUAUGACGAUUUCAACCAGUUCCUCAAUCCCAAUCCUACGGAGAUCACCUCGAUUUGA